AUGAUCCAAGGUGUUGUUGACAAAGUUUUUCAAGUCCAUCACAGAGAGCCAUUGGAGGCCACCCUCACUCACAGUUUCACAAAGCAGGACAUUAAGCUAGAUUUUCAAGAUGUUACUGAUGACAUCAUUGAAGCUGUGCACCUGCUUGAGGCCUCUCCACCACGUUCAAGUAAGUACAUUCCUCCCUUUGAAACUCUUGUGCCUACUAAUACUACUCUUGUCCCUUCUAUUAUCCAGACACCAAAUUUGGAAUUGAAGCAGUUGCCAGAGCAUCUGACAUAUGCCUAUUUGGGAGAGAACAAGACACUACCUGUGAUAGUUGUUACAAACUUAAGUUUUGGGGAAGAAGAGAAGCUGUUGAGAGUUCUUAGAGAGCAUAAAACAGUUUUAAGAUGGAUUAUUGCUGACAUCAAGGGAACAGUUAAUGGGUUUGGGACGCCAAAGGCGAUAAUCAGUGAUGGAGGUAGCCAUUUCAACAAUCAUGCCUUUGCUUCUUUGAUAAAGAAGUAUGGGAUCAAAUAUGAGGUUGGCACUCCCUACCAUCCUCAAACCAAUGGUCAAGUGGAGAUAAGCAACAGAAAGAUCAAAAGCAUCCUAGAAAGGACAGUGAAUCCCAACAGGAAAGAUUGGUCUCUGCGCUUGAAUGAUGCCCUAUGGGCUUAUAAGACUACAUACAAGAUGCCUAUUGGUAUGUCCCCAUAUCGGUUGGUCUUUCGGAAAGCAUGUCAUCUACCAGUGGAGUUGGAGUACAGAGCGUAUUGGGCCAUCAAGAAGUUCAACUUUGACAUGAAACAAGCUGGUGACAAGAGGAAGCUGCAACUAAAUGAACUUGAGAAAAUGAGGCAUGAUGCAUAUGAGAACGCCAAGCUCUACAAGGAAAGAACCAAGGCGUAUCAUGAUAAGCAACUGGUCAAAAAAGAGUUUCAUGUGGGACAGAAGGUGUUGAUCUAUAAUUCAAGGCUACGACUCUUCCCUAGUAAGCUUAAAUCUAGAUGGUUUGGUCCUUGUGUUGUCACCAAAGUGUUUCCACAUGGAGCUUUGGAGUUGUCCUCCUCUCACUGUUGCCCUGAAGAAGAUGCUUCUGAAGGUGGUGGCAAUCAGCUUAGAAUGGACCGCAUCAUUACUUCUAGGUUUGCUAAUCUUUGGUCUAUGAGGAAUUUCUCCUCUCGAGCCUCCAGUCUUUGA